GAUAAGUACUUACUUAACAACUAUUUGAAAUCAUUUUACGACCAUUUUUCCUAUAUAAAGAACUGGGCAAGCAGUGAGUGGUUUCCUUAAAUACCCAACAAAAUCAGGGUAAUGACUUGUACUUACUCAACAACAACAACCUUUCAAUGACUAAUACAUGCAGUCCUCAUUAUUCAGAAGGAGUCUAGUAAUGACUUAAAAAUAAUAUAAUUAUAAGUACUUACUUUUUAGCCUAUAUAUGUAUAUUGGUUUGGAAUUUGGACAUAUUAUUGUAGUCUAUGGUUUCUUCUAAAUAUCAAAACUACUAUCGUAGUGGUGACAACAAACCCUUUCCCUUAGAUGUGCGUGUCAAGGGCUGUGAUAUACCACCUUGCGAUAUUGUCAAAGGUACCAGUGUGGAAUUUGAAAUCGAUUUAGUAGCCUAUAAAUUUAUCACCAGUGCCACCACUUUGGUUAAGGCAAAAACUUUGGGCAUAACUGUACCCUAUGAGCUGCCAGAAGAUGUACGCGAUGUCUGUUCUAAUCUCAUGUAUGAGGCCUAUUGUCCUCUCUAUGAUACCGAGGAUGUUACCUACCUCUUUUUAUUCCCCAUAGCCAGCACUUAUCCGGAAAUUAGUGUAAAUGUUGAAAUUUAUAUAGUGGAUCAAGAUGAAGAUAUAGUAACCUGUUUCAAGUGUGAUAUUAAAGUGAAGAAGGGCUCAUCUGGUAAUUCAAAAUCUAUUUAUGAAUUGAAUUGGUUAAAUAGCACUACCAUAAACUAAAGAUUAAAAUAACAUUAAAGUUUUUAUGUUUUACUUAACUUUUUGUUGUGAUUUUU